CCCACACACACUUCACAUCUCCUCUUUCACACUCUCUUCUGUGCUGGUCUCCAGUAGGAGGAUCAUCAGAGGAGCAGAAACAAAAGAAAUCGGUUACAAAAAAAAAAAAAAAGAAAGUCGGGGGAAAAUCCUAUAAACACACCGACUACACUUCCAACAGCCACGGAUAUACAUGCAUAAAUGAAGACGAGAUCUUGAAGUUGUGCUCCAGUUUAUUUUCCCAGCCAUGGCUGCUUUAAGAACGGUCUUCAGACUGAGUGGAUUUUACCGCAGACUUCCACAGAGUCGUUUCGCUUUUAAAACAAGCGCAAAUUCGCUGCAAACGCUCAGCCCGUGGAGCCUUCCAGUUGCCUGUUGCAGCACUGUAGCACCAUCUAGUGAUCUUUCAGUGCAGUACAAAUAUGGCCGCCCAGUACUGGCUCUGCCUCUGCCUUCCAGACAGGAGAAAUGUCUGUUCUACUUGAGACCCAUGCUGUCAACUGUUAGUGACUUUAUUAAUGACAUCCAGAGAGAAGAUCCAGGAGUCUCAACAGCUUCUGUGCUCACCGCAGAUGGUGUGAAACUUGCCUCCACUACAUCCAUGUACACUCUUCUCAGCAAGGACUUCCAGCUGUGCAUCAACGGAGUCGUCUACAACGUCCAAGCAGCACCAACAGGUAUACAUCCCAAGGGCCAAAAUAUAUUUUCUGGCCACGAGCUUCAGCAUCUUGAAGAAACAAUGCCAGGCGAGGCUGUGACAAGCGUAGCAGAUAUAAAGGACAUAGUGCACAAGUUACACACAGCGCUGAACCUGCCUGAGCAUCAGCUGAUUAAGGAAAGGCAGCUACGGCAGAAACUGGACCUUCUGAAACAAGAACUCAUGCCUCUAGAGAAGAUGAAAACUCAACUUGACAAGAGAGCUGAGGACAAUUCUUCACGUACUAUCUGGGUGGGCUUGGCUCUGCUCUCGGUGCAGGGUGGAGCUCUGGCCUGGCUCACAUGGUGGGUUUACUCCUGGGACAUCAUGGAGCCUGUCACCUACUUCGUCACCUACACCACCAGCAUGGGUGUCUACGCCUACUUUGUUCUCACCAAACAGGACUAUGUUUACCCAGAUGCAAAAGACAGGCAGUUCCUGCGUUACUUCUACAAAGGUGUCAAAAACCAGAAGUUCAACGUGGAGAAAUAUAACACGCUCCGAGACGAGCUGGCUUUGGUCGAGCACAACUUGAGACGUUUGCAGAACCCAAACAAACUCCAACUACCUGUGGAACAAAUUGAGCCCAGCAGUCAUGCUGCACUUCCCUAAACAUUAUACUGUUUACAGAUAUUAUUUCAUGACCUACUUUCAGAAAACGCCAUAUUUGUUGCAAUCUUAUUUGCAUUAUUUGGAGCAACCAGAUAUUGAAAUAAAGCAUUUAUACUGGGGUGGUUUGCAUCCUUCAAGCAUA